GUGACACUUGAGAAGGUGCUUGGCAUCACAGCCCAGAACAGCAGUGGGCUAACCUGUGACCCUGGCACGGGCCAUGUCGCCUAUCUGGCAGGCUGUGUGGUGGUGAUCUUGAACCCCAAAGAGAAUAAGCAGCAGCAUAUCUUUAACACUACCAGGAAGUCCCUGAGUGCUCUGGCCUUCUCCCCAGAUGGGAAGUACAUAGUGACAGGAGAGAGUCAUCGCCCUCUCCUUUUCUGAGGACAGCAGCUAUUUUGUCACGGUUGGGAAUCGGCAUGUGAGGUUUUGGUUCUUGGAAGUCUCCACUGAAGCAAAGGUGACUGGCACAGUGCCCUUGGUAGGGCGCUCAGGCAUCCUGGGUGAACUGCACAAUAAUAUCUUCUGUGGUGUAGCCUGCGGCCGGGGCCACAUGUCGGGCAAUACGUUCUGUGUGUCCUACUCCGGCCUCCUCUGCCAGUUCAAUGAGAAGAGGAUGCUGGAGAAGUGGAUCAACCUGAAGGUCUCCUUUUCUUCCUGCCUGUGUGUCAGUGAGCAGCUGAUCUUCUGUGGAUGCACAGAUGGGAUAGUCCGAAUCUUCCAGGCCCAUAGCCUGCAGUACCUCGCCAACCUGCCCAAGCCCGUGGCCCAGGGCCUGGACUCCAGCUCCCUCUUCCACAGAAAAGCAGAAGCAGUCUACCCAGAUACGGUGGCACUGACCUUUGACCCUGUCCACAAGUGGCUUUCCUGUGUUUAUAAGGACCAUAGCAUCUAUAUCUGGGACGUCAGGGACAUCAAUGACGUCAGCAAAAUGUGGUCAGAGCUCUUCCAUAGCUCUUUCGUCUGGAAUGUGGAGGUGUAUCCUGAGUUUGAAGAAGAUCAGAGAGCUUGUCUGCCAUCCGGGUCUUUUCUGACUUGUUCCUCAGACAACACCAUCCGCUUCUGGAAUAUAGAUAGCAGCUCUGACUCUCAAUGGCAGAAAAACAUCUUCAGCAAUACCCUGCUGAAGGUGGUGUACGUGGAGAAUGAUAUCCAGCACCUUCAGGACAUGUCUCAUUUCCCAGACCGAGGCAGUGAGAUUGGGACACCCAUGGAUGUAAAAGCUGGGGUUCGAGUCAUGCAGGUCAGUCCUGACGGCCAGCACCUGGCUUCAGGCGACCGAAGUGGAAACCUGAGGAUCCACGACCUGCACUUCAUGGAUGAGCUCAUCAAGGUGGAGGCCCACGAUGCUGAGGUGCUGUGCCUGGAGUACUCCAAGCCCGAGACAGGAGUGACUUUGCUGGCUUCAGCCAGUAGGGACCGGCUCAUUCACGUGCUGAAUGUGGAGAAGAACUACAACCUGGAGCAGACCCUCGAUGACCACUCCUCGUCCAUCACAGCCAUUAAAUUUGCUGGCACCAGGGAUGUCCAGAUGAUCAGCUGUGGGGCCGACAAGAGCAUCUACUUUCGCAGUGCCCAGCAGACCUCGGAUGGGCUGCACUUUGUCCGUACCCACCAUGUAGCAGAAAAGACCACCUUGUAUGACAUGGAUAUAGACAUCACACAGAAGUAUGUGGCUGUGGCCUGCCAGGACCGCAACGUGAGGGUCUACAACACAGUGAGUGGGAAACAGAAGAAGUGCUACAAGGGUUCCCAGGGAGAUGAGGGGUCCCUGCUGAAGGUUCAUGUAGACCCCUCAGGCACCUUCCUGGCCACAAGCUGCUCUGACAAAAGCAUCUCGGUGAUUGACUUUUACUCGGGCGAGUGUGUUGCCAAGAUGUUUGGCCAUUCAGAAAUUGUCACUGGCAUGAAGUUCACGUAUGACUGCCGUCACUUGAUCACAGUAUCUGGAGACAGCUGCGUGUUCAUCUGGCACCUGGGCCCAGAGAUCACCACCUGCAUGAGGCAGCACUUGCUGGAGAUCAAUCGCCAGGAGCAGCAGCAGCGGCAGCCCAAGCACCAGAAGUGGGGCGGCCCCCCCAGCCAGGAGACAUGUGUAUCCAUACCAAAUGAGAUCUGCUCCCUGAGCCCUGGAGAGCAGACGGAAGAUGAGACGGAGGAGGAGUGUGACCCAGAAGAGAUGCUGAAAACACCGUCCACAGAGAGCUUGGAUCCAGGUCCUCCAUGCCUGCUGACCAAUGGCAAGAUGCCACUCUGGGCAAAGCGGCUGCUAGGGGAUGAUGAUGUGGCAGACAACUCGGCUUUCCGUGCCAAGCGCAGCUACCAGCCACAUGGCCGCUGGGCAGAGCGGGCUGAGCAGGAGCCCCUCAAGACCAUCCUGGAUGCCUCCCCGCUGGAUUUCGACUUUACACCCUUGAAGUCUGAAAAUGCAGAAGAGUCUGUUGUGGACUUAAUGGAGCCACAGAACCUGUUGGGCCUGCUAAGCGAGUCCGAGAGACCCCAAGAGGACAGUCGAGGACACCCCUCCUGCCUGCCUCUACAGAGGCAGUCCACCGAGGCGAGAGAGCUCAUCCUCAGCUCCCCAGAGGCAGAGGUGAUAGUCUCAGGGAUGCACAGGGAGUACUACAAGGAGGAGGCAGAAGCAGGGCCUGAAGACCAGCAAGGCGACUCCUAUCUCAGGGUGUCCUCUGCCAGUCCAAAGGAUCGGAGCCCGCCUGAGGACUCCGGGGAGUCGGAGGCUGAAUCGGAAUGCAGCUUUGCCAGUGCUCAUUUCUCAAUUUCACGGACUGACUCUGGCCUUCGCCUCACCAUGACGAUGCCCCCCGAACCAGAGCUCCCAAGUAUAGAAGAGCUUGUCCAGCCUGAAGUGCUGGGCUUGGCCAGUGGCUCCUUACCCCAGACCCCUGAGCAGGAGAAGUUCCUCCGUCACCACUUUGAGACCCNGCCUGAGGCUCCAUUGGUCUUCCUAGAACUCUUUCAUGGAUCAGUGGCAGACAUGAAGAUCUCAGAGGCUGACCACCAUCUCUUCCAUCCCCAGCUGAGCAUCUCCACCCAGUUUCUCUCACGACUCCAGAAGGCCUCCAGCUUCCCUCCCCGGCUGCCCCUUCACCUUAGGAAGUCUCCAGAGGUCAAGCCUACAGGACAAGGAUGCGGCCAGUCCAGAGCAGGGUCCCUGAGAGCAGCUCCUUCCCUCACAGGCCUGGCCUUCUGUGUCUCUUCCUCCUCGGUGCCACCCACAGACAGGAAGCCUCCAACACCCACAUCUGUACCUAUCACAGGCCUGGAUCAGAGUGUCUGUGCCCCGUCUACAUGUUCUUACCUGGAGACGACGACUAGCUCACAUGCCAAGAUAUCACGUAGCAUGUCUCUUGGGGACACUGAGGGCCUUGUGACACCUGAGCCAUCCAGGUCACUUCACAAACCCUUAUCCAUGGGAGAACUGGCUUCCCUGGGCCAGGAACCCCAGGCCAUCCCCACCACAGUGACUCUCACUUCUAGCAUCGAAGGCCAGGAUCCUGCCAUGCCUUCCUGGGGCAAUCAUGAGGCCCGAGCCAGCCUCAAACUGCCCUUAUCCAGUGUCUGUGGCCAGCUCCUGUCUUCACCCCCACUGGAGCCACCCAUCACAUGUGUGUGGUCUCAGGACUCUGUGGAUGUCCAGCCUGGUGUGACAGCCACAGUAGCCAGCUUCCCAGCACCCAGCCCUGUAGAUGCUAGCACCCCAAGACUCCACAGCUCUGUGUUUCUCCCAAGGACCUCAGCCUCUGGGCCCCUCAUCCCUCCUGGCCAUCCCAACAGCCUCCAACUUCUAGAGACCAGGUCUAGGGUGCCUAAUUGUACCGCUGCUCUCCUGGAGCCCACCCCUGAUAUGCCGGGCAGCCCUGGACACUGUGGGGAGCCUGGGCUCCCAGCUGAGGUCCUGCCCCCAGCACUCCUUGAGCUGGGCAGUAUAAGAUCAGUCUCGCACAGGCUGCAGGCUGUCUUCCAAGAAGCCCUUGACCUUUACCGAAUGUUGGUCUCCAGCAACCAGCUGGGUGCCGAACAGCAGCAGGCACAGACGGAGCUGGCCUCCGCCUUUCAGUGGAUCCACAGCCAGCUGGAAGCCAGCAACUGGAUGGCUGCAGCUAACACUGCCCUCCCCCAGACACUGCCUAGCCCCAGCCUGCCUUCCUCACCUACACUGUGUCUCCUGGCCAGCCCAAACCUGCAGGCCCUGCUGGAACACUACUCAGAGCUGCUGGUGCAGGCUGUGAAGAGGAAAGCAAGGGGCGACUAAAAGCCGGCAGCCCCUCCACCAAAGCCUCGCUGCUCAGCAGAGAUUGAUUUUAAAGCAAAUAAACUGACUAAAUUAAAUAGUU